AUGACAGAAGCGCAGCGUCUGUUUAAGGUGCUCAUUGCAGGCGGUUCAGUAGCAGGUCUCUCGCUAGCCAAUGCACUCGAGCGCGCUGGAAUCGAUUUCGAAUUAUUCGAGAAACGAGAAGUAGCACCACAACUCGGACAGUCUAUUCUGUUACUUCCUUGCACCAUUCUGGUUCACGAACAAUUAGGCAUAGACAAACCGACUCAUGAGGCUGGAAUUCCGAUCGGAGUUCGUGAGCACUGGGAUCACGAUGGCAAUCUAUUUUGCUCUUCAGAUGAAUUAAUUCGUCUCCAGGAGGUCCAAAAACGACCUGUAUAUUUUAUAGACCGCAGGGUCUACCUCCAGAAUCUAUACAACGGUCUCAAUGAGUCCUCGAAGUCGAAAGUUCAUGAACAUGAAGGCUUGGAUUCAUUUACCGAGCACGAGAAUGGAGUUACUCUGAGGACCGACAAAGGCAGUGUCAUUGAAGGCAGCAUUAUAGUGGGUGCCGACGGUGUGCACAGUCAUGUGCGUCAGCAAACGGCGAAGCUGCUCAAAACAAUUGAUCCCGAGAGUUCCGAGAUCAUGGCUGCGGGAUUCGAUAACCGAUUCCGAAUUUUGACAUGCACGUCACGAAACUACUUUGUUGAUGACCCAAAGAAGCAGUUCUUAGAGAACGGUGUUGCUGCUAACUCCUAUUUUCCGGAGCAUGGUGUUGGAGGUAUCGCUGUGGCUGGAAUGGACGGAAAGAUAUUCUGGGCCAUUUAUAUUGCGAACGAUAAGCAGAUGCCUUAUCCUAGCCCGCGAUAUGGACAGGCCGACAUGGAUGAAGCCAUCAAGAAAUGGGGACAUCUUCGCCCCACACCCGCCUUUACCUUUAACGACCUAUGGGCCAACCUCGUUGGCUCCACCAUGGUACCCAUGGAAGAAGGCGUCUUAGCCACAAAGUGGCAUUCAGGCGGGAGAACCGUUCUCGUGGGUGAUGCCGUCCACAAAGCAACAUCAAAUCUCGGGCUGGGCGGAAAUCUCUGCGUCGACGACGUGUGCUGUCUAGUCAAUGGUCUACACACGCUUCUCGAAAGAAACAAGGCACCAAGCACAUCCGAAAUCGUUAAAGUAUUUGAGAGCUAUGAGCGAGCCGAGCGACCUCGUGCUAAUUUCGUUUGCAAGGCCUCUGGGGUAUACGCUGGGUUCGAAACUAUGAGUAGAUGGUACUCUAAGCUUUUCCAAUUCAUCUUUCCCUGGAUUCCAUCAACCGUUAAGAUGCGCAUCUUUUCUAGGUUUGAUAGUAGUGCGCCUAUUUUGGACUUUUUACCCGUUCCCGCGCCCCGAGUUUAA